AUGGGUUUCAUAUCGUCAAUACUGUGCUGCUCUUCCGAGACGACACAAUCCAAUUCCAAUUCUGCUUAUCGCCAACAACAGAGCAGUUCUCUCAAUAAAAACAGAAGCGUUAAACAUUCCAACACGAAAAGCCGAACCCGUGGCGUACAUCAGACAAACUCUCCUCCUUCUAAGACAAAUUCAGCCGCUACUUUCAGUUCCACUGAACGAUCCACCGGUAAAUCUGGGAUAAGCACGAACGAUAAUGAAAAAAAGAAGCCAUCGUCGCCGACUGCAGCCGUCACCGCCACUACUACUAAUAAUAUGACAAAAGUAGAGAAGCGAAUUAGUAAAGAUGAUCUUUACGAGGAAAAAUACGAGGUUGACGAAGAUGAAGAGAUCGACGAUGAAGAUAACCGUCGCAGUCGUGGCAUUGUACAGGAAAAAGGAGAUGCUGUGAAAGAUACUUCCAGGCAGAAAAAACAACAGCAGCAACAACAACAACAGUCACAACCACAACCACAACCCCAGUCACAGUCACAGUCACAGUCGCAGUCGCAGUCGCAGCAGCGAGGGCCUACUGUACAAGUAUCGUCUGACCAUCUUAUCCAAGAUAUGAAUUUGAGUAGGGUAAGUAGCAGCUCUCAAGCCAGUGAAACUUCCAACGAUGCCGACGACGAAGACGAUGAAGAUGAAGAAUAUAUUGAUCUAACGCUUUUGCAGCAGGGCCAGUAUCAUGCACCAGGUUACAACACUCUGCUCCCCCCACAAGAUGAAAGUACAAAGGGCAAGAAAUGCCUAAUACUGGACCUGGAUGAAACCUUGGUACACUCUUCUUUCAAAUACUUACGAUCUGCGGAUUUUGUUUUGUCUGUGGAAAUAGAUGACCAAGUACACAAUGUCUAUGUCAUUAAAAGACCUGGUGUGGAAGAAUUUUUGGAAAGAGUCGGAAAAUUAUUCGAGGUUGUAGUCUUCACGGCUAGUGUCUCUCGAUACGGUGAUCCUUUGCUUGAUAUAUUAGACACAGAUAAAGUCAUUCAUCACAGAUUAUUCAGAGAGGCUUGCUAUAACUAUGAAGGAAACUAUAUAAAAAACUUAUCCCAGAUUGGAAGGCCGUUAUCAGAUAUCAUCAUUCUCGAUAACUCUCCGGCAUCUUAUAUUUUUCAUCCCCAACAUGCAAUACCGAUUUCGUCCUGGUUCUCAGAUACUCAUGAUAACGAAUUAUUAGAUAUUAUUCCUCUUUUAGAAGACCUUUCUGUGAAAACCUCACUGGAUGUGGGCAAAAUUUUGGAUGUAACAAUAUAA